CUGGUGCACGUGCUGCGCUCCAUGAUUGAGGUGAAGGGCCCGCUGACCGUGGCCGAGUUCAUGACGCGCGCGCUGAGCCACCCGGACCACGGCUACUACAUGAAGAAGGACGUGUUCGGCAGCCAGGGAGACUUCACCACGGCGCCCGAGAUCAGCCAGAUGUUCGGCGAGCUCAUCGCGGUCUGGUGCGUGGCGACGUGGCAGCAGAUGGGCAUGCCCGCGCACAUCAAGAUCGUGGAAAUGGGCCCGGGUCGCGGCUCGCUCAUGAGCGACUUCCUGCGCGCGUCCAAGUCCUUCCCGCCCUUCUACGAGGCCAUCGAGAUCCACAUGGUCGACAUCAGUCCAGCGAUGCAGAAGAUUCAGCAGGAGACGCUCAAGUGCGAGCCGAUCGAGGACAAGACUGCGCCGGAGAACACGAUGCGGCUGCCGGACAACGGCCCCACCGUGCGCUGGCACGCAGACUUUGCGAAUGUGCCGCAUGGCCCGAGUCUCAUGAUCGCCCAGGAGCUCUUCGACGCGCUGCCGGUGCAUCAGUUCGAGUACACGGACCGUGGUUGGUGUGAGCGCCUUGUGGACAUUGACUACGAGGACGGCGGCGACCACUUCCGCUUCGUGCUGUCGCCUGGUCCGACGCCUGCAACGCGCGUGUACAUCGGCCGCGAGAAGCUCUUCGACCCGUCGACGGCUCUGAUCGAGAUCUCUCCGGUCAGUAUCGCGCUGGUGCAGGACAUGGCCAAGCGCAUCUCCCAGUCGGGCGGCGGCGCGCUGAUCGUGGACUACGGCUACGACCACCCGUCGGAGAUCAGCCUGCGCGGCAUCAAGAACCACGAGUUCGUGAGCGUGCUGCGCGAGCCUGGCGACGUGGACUUGAGUAUUGACGUGGACUUCGCCACGCUGCGGCGGUUCGCCACUGCCGAGCCCAAGGUCAAGAGCUCUGGACCGGUGGGCCAGGGCACAUUCCUCAAGAACAUGGGCAUCGAGCACCGACUGGCCAUGCUGCUGCAGAACACCGAGUCGGAGCAGGUUCAGCAGGAGCUGUUCUCGUCCUACGAGCGUCUCGUGGAGCCCGAGCAGAUGGGCACCAUCUUCAAGGCGAUGGCGCUGACUCACGCAGACAUCGGCCAGCCCGUAGGCUUCGAGGAGAUCCCGACCGAG